AUGGAUCCUUCCCAAGUCAAAAUUCCUGAGCUCAAGAACCUCACCAUUGAGAACAUCACCGAGAAUGUCAUUAAAAUCAACUCCAACAACCCCUCCCCACGCUUCAAAUACAUUCUCGAACGUCUCGUGACCCACCUUCAUGACUUUGCGCGCGAAACUCGGCUUUCUACAAGCGAAUGGAUGGCCGGCAUCCAAUUCCUGACAGCGACCGGCCAGAUCUGCACCGAUGUUCGACAAGAAUUCAUCCUCCUCUCCGACAUUCUCGGCUUGUCACUUCUAAUCGACAGUAUCGACCACCCCAAACCCCCCUCAAGCACCGAGGGCACCGUCCUCGGCCCAUUCCACACCCACGAUGCCAACGAUUUGCCCCACGGCGACAACAUGUCUCAUGAUCCUGCUGGCGAGCCCCUACUCGUCCUCUGUACCGUCAAGGACGUCUCUGGUGCACCCAUCCCAGGCGCCAAGAUCGAUAUCUGGGAGACUGACUCCAGCGGGAAAUACGAUGUGCAGCACGCCGAUCGUGCAGAGCCCGAUGGACGGUGCGUGAUGCGCUCCGACACCGAUGGCAAUUUCUGGUUCAAAGCAAUCGUGCCUGUGCCGUACCCGAUUCCCAACGACGGACCGGUUGGUCAGCUGCUUCAACGACUGCAACGGCAUUGUUGGCGACCUAGCCAUAUGCACUUUAUGUUCGAGAAGCCCGGCUAUGAUCACUUGAUCACCGCACUUUACCUGAGAGGUGACCCGUACGAGACGAGUGAUGCGGUGUUUGGAGUCAAGGAGAGUCUGAUCAUCGAUUUGGGCGUGGUAGGCAAGGAGGAAAUUGAGAAAUACGGGGUAAAGGAGGGGACAAAGUUGUUGAAAUACGAUUUCGUGCUGGUUGGCGAGGAGGAGAGCAAGAAGCUGAGAGAGGAAAGGAGUAAGGAGGCAUUGGAGAAGCUAGGCAGGCGAGUUAAGAUCGUGGAAGGGCUGCCGGUGCCAGACGUCGACUGA